AUGUUAAGAAUUAAGCCUUGCCAGCCGAUGCCCCACGAAUCUGUAAUGACAGUGGAGAAAAAACGUCAAUUCUGCGUUAAGUCCAAGCCAUUUUAUAAGGGAACAAAAGCACGGUUAUCUAUUGGCCGGAAGGAACCCAAUUACGAUGAAGAUACUGAAUGGAAUGAUGUCUUGCGUGCCAAAGGCAUUAUACCCCAAAAACCCAAGGAGGCCGAAAUUACGGAGGACCAAAUUCAAGCCAUGAUCGAUGAAACCAUAAAAAAACGUACCGACCUUGCUGAUGGUCGUAAAAAUGUAGAAGACAUGAACCUGGAUGAAUUAGAUGAACUGGAGGAUUCUGAAGAUGAAGAGGUCCUCGAACGGUAUCGUCAACAACGUAUUGCCGAAAUGAGAGCAUUCGCCGAGAAAGCUAAAUUUGGUACAGUACGUGAGAUAGCUGGCUGUGAUUAUGUCGAUGAAGUUACCAAGGCUGGUGAGGGUAUAUGGGUGGUAUUGCAUCUCUAUGCCAAUGGUGUACCACUGUGUUCUCUCAUCCAUCAUCAUAUGCAAGCAUUGGCUGCACGUUAUCCUCAAACGAAAUUCCUGCGUUCUGUUGCCACCACAUGUAUACCAAAUUUCCCCGAAAAGAAUUGCCCCACCGUGUUUGUUUACUUUGAGGGCCAGCUGAGAAAACAAUAUGUUGGCCCCUUGGAAUUGAGAGGUGACAAACUGACACAAGAUGAAUUGGAAUAUAUGUUGGGACAAGCUGGUGCAGUGCCCACGGAAAUUAAGGAAGAUCCCAAACCACGUAUUAAGGAUAAAAUGUUUGCCGAUUUGGAAAAUCACAUUGAUUUCGAUUAGGAAACAACAAGUA